CGUUUGAGGUGGAAAUAUAUGACAGCGAUAUUUGUUUGUCGAAGCGUUAUUCAUUGUCCAUUGUUUCAAUUUUUUUUUCUUGAUCGAGAUUUUUAUUUCUGAUAUAGAAUCCAAAUCUGAAUAUCGUUACAGAAUGGUUAUCGCCGAACGUAAUAAUAAUAAUAAUGAAUCAAUAUCAUCAUCAAUUAGUGGAACGAAUUCAACUGCAAAUCGUCGUACACGAACAUUGAAUCAGGCUAAUGUUUCAAAUACAAUGAGCAGUAGUGGUGGUGGUACCAGUUGUUCAAGCGAUAUUAAUAGCGAUUCUGAUUCUGAACAAAGUGUUCGAGUUGGUAAUGAAUAUCAGGCUGAAAUAUCCGAUUCAUGUCAAUCGAAACCAGCAUCAAGAGAUUAUGUGGAAAAAGCUGUAUUAGUUUGGACACCAUAUCAUGAACUGGAUGAAGAUGAUUUGUCGGAUUAUGUAAAAUUGGCAAAUGAAAAAUAUAAAUAUAAUCAAGAACAAGCAUUGGGUAUUUUAUUCUGGCAUGAUUUCGAUAUGCAAUGUGCAUUGGCCGAUCUACCUAAUUAUGCACCGUAUCCAGAUGAAUGGACAAUGGAAGAUCGUGCACUAUUCGAUCAAGCAUAUCAAUUUCAUAAUAAAAGUUUUCAUAAAAUCAAUCAACUAUUGCCGGAUAAAAAAUUAUCAAGUAUUAUUAAACAUUAUUAUACAACAAAAAAGAAUAAAAAUCGUAACGGUAGCUAUGUAGAUAAACAAGUGAGAAAAAAUAAUUCACAAUCCAAAGAUGAAAGUCCAGAUGAUAAUGGUAGUAGUUCAAUGAUGAUGGACUAUGCAAAUGAUGAACAACAAUCAACAUCGAAUCAUCAUCAACAACAUCAUAUGAUGAUGAUUGCUUCAACAUCGAAAGAACAACAACAUCAACAUCAACUACAGAAUCAGCAGCAGAAUCAACAGCAGCAGCAGCAACAACAAUUCAAUCAUCGUAAAGAAUGUUGUCAAUGUAUGAACAAAAAUGCCCAACAAUAUUAUAAUACGAAAUAUGGAAUUCUUUGUAAAAUUUGCUACGCUAAACGUAAAAGUAAUCAUCAUUCAAAAUCAUGCAAUGAUCCAACCACAAUGGGAGAUGAAAUAUCGAAAUUUGGUAAACUUUUCAAUUCGAUGAAUAUGGAUGAAAUGAUGUUGAAAGAAAUUGUUAAAGAACGUGUUACAGAAUCAUCGGCAAAAGUUUUAGAAUCAUAUGAUAAAGAAAUUGAUGAUUUAAUGGGAAAAAUUUGUCAUCUGAAACAGGAAAAUCAGGCUAAAAAAUCAUCACUAGGUGAAUUACCUGAUUUAUCUUUGUUGAAUAAUAAUAAUAAUCGUAUAAUGUCACGAUGGACAAAUGAUGAAAUACUUUUGAUGACACAGGCUAUACGUGAUUAUGGCAAAGAUUUCAAAGUUAUUGCCGAUAUAAUUGGCACAAAAAGUGAGGUACAGAUUAAGAAUUAUUUUCUACAAAAUCAAGAUAAAAUGAAAUUCGAUACAUUGAUCGCUGAACUGAAUGAAGAGAAUGAUAUGGACGAUAUGAAUCUGUAUAUUAUUGAUGAUAAUAAUCCAAUGAAUGGUGAAAAUAGUAAAAAAUUGUCCAAAUAGUUUUACACAGAAUUUGCCACAAACAUCUAUAGACGUUUUUUUCUCUUUCAACUAUAUCAAACAUUCUAACAAAUCAGUAUCGAAACCCACACACACACACACACACACACAUUUAUUAUGAAUGAAA